AUGGACACGUUUACACAGGACAGUCUGUCCGACAAGGGCAAUGGGAAAGUCGACCAUAUCGAGAAUACUAUGGAACAACCCCCUGCGAUCGACACCACUCACACCGAUGAGGCCAUGAAAGUGCUGGCUCGCUACACUGGGGACGAGUCAUGGCAGCCGAGUGAUGAGAAACGCCUUGUCCGCAAGGUUGACUGGCGAUUGCUGCCCUUGCUAUGCCUCACCUACGGAUUGCAGUACUACGACAAGGCUAUGCUCUCCCAGGCGGCUCUGUUUGGACUUCGUGAGGACUUGAAUCUGCUCAUCGGUAACCGAUAUGCAAUGUCUGCAGCCAUCUUCUACCUAGGUUUCAUUGUCGGCGCAUAUCCGACCAUGUUCCUUGCUCAAAGAUACCCUAUCCGCCACGUAGCCGCUGGCACCGUCACGAUCUGGGGCAUAUGCCUGAUCCUCACCCCUCUAUGCCACAACUAUCGGUCUCUGUACGCUCAGCGAUUCUUUUUGGGUGUGUUGGAAAGUGGAAUCAGUCCAAUGUUCAUGAUGAUCGUGGUUCGUCUCAUGAUCCAGCGCCCGACAAGGGUGGCUGGUAUAAGAAAGACGAACAGGCUCUCCGGAUGGGAUACUUGCACCGGAUACGUCAGCAUCUUCUCUCCUCUCGUCAACUACGGCCUCGGCCAUAUCCAAGGCUCGCUGUCCUCUUGGAAGUACAUGUAUCUCUUCGCCGGUGCCCUCACAAUCACCUGGGGUCUCAUCCUCGACUUUGUCCUUCCCCCAGACCCAGUCUCGGCCCGGGGGUUUACCGAACGCGAGCGGUACAUCUCCGUCGCGCGUCUGAGGACUAACAACUCAGGCGUCCGCAACACGCACUUCAAAAUGGGCCAGGUUGUCGAGCUGCUCCUCGACCCCAAGUUCUGGCUGAUCUUCUUUACCGCGUUCCUGGCUAUGAUAGCCAAUGCCCCGAUCUCGACCUUUACCCCAAUCAUCAUCAACUCAUUUGGAUUUAGUACUCUAGAGAGUCUUCUCCUCGUCAUACCGUCCGGUUUCUACGCAGGUACCAUGAUGCUCAUCUUACCAUACCUUUCCUACAAGUUUGCGAACAAAGGCAUCCGGUCCUGGCUGGUGAUCGCCUGUCAGCUGGUCACCAUGGUCGCCUCAUUACUCCUUCUGCGCCUUCCGCUGAACGAAACAGGCGGACUUCUCUUCGCAUGCUACAUUAUGCCCACAAUGGGUGCCGGAUAUGCGGUGCUAAUGGGUCUCCAAAUCGCAAAUAUCGCCGGCUACACGAAACGGUCUCUUUCUUCGUCGGGCUUGUAUAUCGGGUACUGUCUAGGCAAUUUCGUUGGUCCGCUCUGUUUUCGAGAGCAGGAUUACCCGCGGUACGUUCCGGGAUUCGUGGUCACCGUGGUUACAACCUUUGUUGCUGGGGUUUUGGUCUUCGUCUAUCGGGUGGUAUGUUUACGGGAUAAUCGACGACGGGACAAGACGGGCAUUCUGGAGGGUUUUGAGCAUGCUUAUGAGGAUGAUUUGACGGAUAAGACGAAUCCGCAGUUUAGGUAUACGGUGUAG